AUGGGCGUUAAAGAAUUGUGGAAACUUUUACGUCCGGCUGCUUUCAGUGUACAAAGCCUUGAUAUUUUAUCGGGUAAAAGAGUUGCUGUGGAUAUAAGCGUUUGGUUACAUCAAUUCAUGCUCGGAAUGGGUUUAGAGGAUGAUGAUUCAAUGUUUGGAGGAUCUGGUAGUGCGCACUUGCACCACCAAACUUUUCAAGUAAGAUUCCUCCGAGCAUUGUUUAAAAGAAUUUGUAAAUUAUUGUACUACAAUGUAAAACCAGUGUUUGUGUUUGAUGGUGCAACACCGUUAGUGAAACAAAAAACGUUACAGAGGAGGAGAAUGAAAUCGACAAAACAAAAUUUUAGAUUAAAGAAAGCUGCAAAGAAAUUAUUAUCACGGGUUAUACAAGAUAGCGUCGGAUCAUCAUCGAAAAAAAGGAUAGAAAAUAUGAAAAAACCAAAGAUGAAGAAAUCCGAAGAGAGUGACGAGGAGGAGCCUGCAUCCUUUAAUUUUGCAUUACCUUCUGAGAGUACCGUGCCUGUAAAGACAGAAAAGACAGAGGAUACACAAUCAUUGCUGUGUGACGUUCGAAAUUAUGAGAUUAAUACUGACGAAGAAGAGUUUGAAGAAAUACCUCCAGCUUCGAACGAUCAUGAAACCUCAUUCGCUAUUGACAUUGAUCUGGAAUCGGGUAUUGACCCAGAUGUUUUUAAAUCGUUACCACAAGGGAUGCAACAAGAAAUUUUAAAACAACUAAAGGCAUCCAAGAGACACAGCUCCUUGUCUCACAUUAAGGAAUUGAAAGAAAAAACUCCAGAAAGGUUCUCAUCAACACAGCUACAUUCAUUCAUUAAGGGAAGUGCUGCUUCGAUACAAUUACAACGGUUAAUGAAAAUUACUGAAAACGAACAAUUAAUAGCCUCUCUUCCAACCAAUCAAACAGGAGAAAGUUCUGCUCAUGGAACGUCGCAACACGAUCAGAUUGUUGUAAAAGAUGAACCUCAAGAAGAGGAAGAAUUGGGAUUUUUCCCUGAGGAAGAAAAUACGUUGUCAACGCCUCGUUCGUCGUCUCAGCUUAAUUUAACUCCUUCAUCAACUGUGGUCCGAGAAAACUCUCGAGAAGAAUAUCGAAUAUUAGCAGGUGGUCGACUUGCUUCAAAUCCAAAUCAGGGAUUUAUUCUCAUGGAACAUACACCUCCAAAAGAAAAACAAGUUUCUCCACCAACCAAUACAAAACGAAGUGAAUUAAGCCAAGAAACAAUCACUCGAUUUAGUAAUUUUCUCUCAAGAACAGAGAAACCUAUUCAAGAAACGGCCACCGAACCAUCCCAACCAAUCCGUGACAAUACAACGAUCCAUAUUGUUGAUGAUGAAGACAAUAACUGUGAAAACAAUGCAUCGGCAGACGAAAAUAUUGAAAUAACAUUUACACUAAAUGGCAUCACAGAGGAUGAUAUGCUUCCAGAUUCUAUUUUCUCAACAAGUGUAGAGCAAGAUAAUAGCGAUGAGAAUGAAAAUUUGUCAGCUGCCAUACGGAAUAUGAAUGAGGAAUUACGAGCAUUUGAAAAAACAACUAGUUCUGUAAAUAAUACAUCCUCGUUCUCGAAUCAGGAAGAGGACGAUGAGUUUGAAGAAGUCAAGAAUGAGAUGGUCUUGGAUGAAGAAUGGGAAGAUGUACAACAAACGAACCGGGCACGACAACAAAUUGUAGAAAUUAUUGAAGAUGACGAUGAAAUUCAUGAAUUCGAUAAUGAAAAAACCAAAAAGCGACCAUUUCCCGCGAUGGAACAAGACGAUAUUUAUGAAGAACACAAUGAUGACGACGAUGUCAUUUCCAUUCAUUCAAUAGAAAACAAUGACGAAUCUUCGAAUGUAUCAACUCCAAUCACUGCCUCUCAAAGUACUGUGACCACAAAAGAUGCAGUUUUUGAAGAUAGCUUUGAGCGAUCCUUUGAAGAUGAACAAAGCUCUCUGUUGCAAUUGAACGUUCCCAUGAUUAGUCAGGAAGAAGUCUCCUUGCAAGAUCUCAAUGCUGCCAGAUUUGAACAAAAUCUCUUCGAUUCUGACUAUCCAAUGAUUGAUCUUUCGAAUGCAAACUCCAAAACUGCAAAUUUAUUUCUGUCACUCGUGGAACUUGCAAAGGAAUUAUUGGCUCAUUUUGGUAUACCGUACGUGAUGUCACCUUCUGAAGCAGAUGCCCAAUGUGGAUUUUUAUGUCAGAAUGGACUUGUAGAUGCUGUUAUUACUGAAGAUUCAGAUCUUUUCUUGUUUGGAGCCAAUUGUGUUUACAGAAAUGUUUUUGGUUCUUCGAAUAAGAAUAUUAAUAAGAAUACUAUUGAGGAAUACAAGAUGGAAAAUAUUGAAAAAGAGCUAGGUUUUAAACGUACACAUUUAAUCCAAUUAGCUUUAUUACUAGGGUCUGAUUAUACAGAUGGUGUACAUAAUGUUGGAAAAGUGACAGCAACACAAGUACUUGAUGCAUUUAAUCCUGAAUCGUUUGAAGACUCAGAUUUGGAUGAUAUUGAUCAAAUUGUUUAUGGAUUGAAGGAAUUCAAAGCUUGGGUAGCUGAUGAUACAUAUAAUAUAGGACAAACAGAAAAAUCAUGGGGACAUAAGGGAGACUUUCAAUACAAUUACAGAGGCUCGAAGAAGAAAUUUAUUUUCCCAGAUACAUUUCCAGAUACUAAAAUUAUUGACGCAUAUAUCAAGCCUACUGUUGACAAUUCACUCACAGAAUUUGAAUGGGCAGAUAUUGAUGAUCCUCCCAGCAGUAGUGAUAGUAGCAAAAGUGCUAGCUCCAGCAAGAAGAGUGGAAAUAGUGUAGCUGCAGCAUCUUCUAGCAAGCAACAAGUGGAUAGCAGCGUCGGCUCGAGCUCACAUGUCAAAUUAAAUUGGGACGCAUUUUACAGAUUUUGUGCUGAGAGAAUGAACAUGGAUCAAGAGGAAGCCGAUCGACAUUUGAAACCAGUGCUGGCCGAACGAAAGAAACGACAGGCCCUCAAAAACAAAAAAGUAGAGGAAAUGACUCCCUUAGAACGAUUUAUUUAUGAAGCUGAAAAAAAGAAGAAAAAAGCAGCCAGUAUUGAAAGUAAGAGAGUGUUGAAUGCAGUUGGAUCGAUUAAGAACAAGCAACAAAAAAAGAAACAGAAAAAGAAGUGA